AUGCACUCAAUCGCUGCAGCUCUGGCCCUGGUGGCGACUGUAGUUCCAUUGAGCAGUGCGCACUACACUUUCAGCAAGCUGAGUGUCAAUGACCAGGAUGUCGGCAACGACUGGCAAUACAUUCGACAGCAUACCAAAGGCUAUAUGCCCACCAAGAUCCCUGAUAUUCUGGACAAUGACUUCAGAUGCCAGCCUGGAUCCUUCGAAAAUGCAGCCAAGACUGAUGUCUACGAAGUGAAGCCAGGAGAUCGCGUCCAGUUCAAGCAGGCUUUUGGUGGCACCGGAAUGAAGCACCCAGGUGCUACCCAAGUCUAUUUCUCAAAGGCACCAAACAAUGAUGUCAAGUCAUAUCAAGGCGACGGAGACUGGGUGAAGGCCGACAUGAGUCUGCUCUGCAGCUCACCGGAAAAUGGAGCCAUCUUGGACGAAGCAUGGUGUUCUUGGGCUCAGAACGGCCCAAAAUUCACCAUUCCAGAUACUCUCGAGGCGGGGGAGUAUCUUGUGCGUGCCGAGCACAUUGCACUACAUGGCGCGCACGACAAUGGUGUCGAGUUCUAUUUCGCGUGCGGACAACUCAAGAUUACUGGUACGACUGCCACGGGUGUUCUAGGAGAGACGGUCAAGAUCCCAGGCGUGUACCAGCCAGACGAUCCCGCCAUCCAUUUCUCGGUCUGGAACAAUGCCAUCAAAGAGUACACGCCGACUCCAGGACCUGCGGUCAUACCAGGCGGCCAUAUCACAGGCUCAACGACUGGCAGCACCACUGAGACCGUCAGAGUCGGCGGCUCAGGCGGCGCAUCUUCGAACGCGACGUCUGCCAAGCCUUCAAAUGGUAGCAGCAAUGUUGGCGCCAGCUCCGGCUCCAGCCCAUCUGGCAAUCAAGAUCCAAGCACGAGCGGCUACCCGACCUUCUACAGUGGAGGUGAAGAGAGUACUGAUGACAGCACCGUAAGCUCAAAUCAAACGUCUAGCUCAGCCUCUCCAUCACCAGAUCAAUCAGCAUCAGCUACCUCUCUGCCGUCCUCUGGUACAUUUUCUGAAUCCCAAGGACAAAGUCACAGCCAAGAUCAAAAUCAACGAGGGUUUUCACAAGGUAUUCGCUGGUCACCAUCCGGCUACAGCGGCAGCGGUGCUACUCGCGCAAACGCCCGAAUCCAUGCGGAGCAGCAAGUGUAAUGGAACUGUCAGACAACCAGGAACAGUGGCAGCAGCAUAUUCGAGGAGAAGUUGGUACGACUUCGGUAUGAUCGCUUCCUCUGAAAUCGAGGAUAAAAAGAGCGUUGUUAUCGGAUCCAGAAAAUAGCGAAGUCUGAGAUGAAGUCCUCGGUGUCUUGGGUCCUAUCUGUGAUAUUAUACUUCCACCGCGUGCAUUGCUGUCCGAUGAUAUUGUGGAUCGAUUGCAGUAGAGAGAAUAGCUCAAAUACCUCGAAUUGAAGAGACAUGAAAAUGCGCAAAGACAUAACGCA